GCGGGGGCCACUGCCCCCCCAGGGUCACGCGUGGGGCGGGCACCGCGGUUCGGGGUACCCCUCACCCGAGGGUCCGGCAGCAGGAGCCCCCAGGCGAGGCAUGGAGCCCCCUCCCGAGAGCCCACAGGAGGCCCCGACCAUGGCGGACGCUGCUGCCGACUUCCUGAGCCUCAUCGGGCUGAAGGAGCUGGAGCGGUGCCUGUUUGCUGAGAUGCUGGCAGUGGUGGCCGUGGGGGCCUCACCAAGGGACAAGGCAGAGGGCCAGUGGUGGAUGGCAGCCCAGUGGGCACCCUACCAGCGGGAAGGUGAGCCGAUGCAGAGCUGCGUCCUGGUGCAAACCAGGUUCCGAGGCAAGCAGGAUGGUGUGCCUGCCUCCAGCACGCUCAAAGCCUAUGUGACCUGGCAGCUGGAGACCCUGGAGCAGGAGGAGCAGGAGUGCCUGGAGGUGACUGAUACAGUGGUGGCAUGUCCUCUUCCCUGUGUCCUACCCGCUGGCCUGAGGUGUGCCCUGCAGUGGCACCUUCCUGGGGGCUGUGCACCCUGCAAAGCUACUCUCAGACCACACCCCACAGAGAAGACGACCCACAUUGUGAGCCAGGAGCAUGGGAUGACUGUCACGAAGACCCUGCAGGAGGGAGAGGCAGAGCCACAGUGCCAGAGCUUCCACUACAGCCGGGCCAAGCUGCGGGGGCUGCUGCUGGAGGGUGCCAGCCUCCUGCUGCUGCGGGUGCUGGCACGCCGGCAGACAAUGCCCCCAGACCUUGUCUUCCCAGCCAUCAACACCGAGGGUGACCUCUGCACCUGCAGCUAUUCUGCCCUGGGCAUCCAGCGGCAGGCAGUGGGCUCGGCAGAGACAGAGGUGUUUGUGAUUGAGCGAGCCGUGCACACCAGCACAGGUGCCUCCACUGUCUGGCACAGCAGCUUCCUCCCCAACGGGCAUUUGGCUCAGCUGAUGCAGAUUGGCUCCCCGGUGCUGAUGGUUCUACAGGAUGAGUCCAUCCUCAUCAAUUCAGGUUUGAGCCCCAGCUCCCCUUCCCCAAAGAGCCCCGGGACUGGGAGGAGGACAUCCAGCUCUGCUCCUGCUUCCUGGACAGGAAGGUAAGAUGGGUGGACAUGGGGACAAGGGGACAUGGGGCUGUGCCAGUCUCCAGCAGGGCCUCCCCUGGUGUGCCCAGGAGGCACAUUGAGGGGGCAGGCUGACCAACAUCCCUCCUCACACCUUCUUAAGUGUGGGAAAGGACCUAGGCUCCUGUCCCCCUCAGCCUGGCACUGCCCAGGGGGGAAAUGUGUGUUCAUGCUCAUCUCACCCACCCUGUCCACCCCACUCCAGGAGGAGCUGCAACUAUCCCAUGCUGCCUACCUCCAGCAGCACCCCGAGGUCCGGGCACUGCUGUCUGACUUCCUACGGGCAUUGCUCCUCCAGCAGCCACAGGACCCCAUCUCCUUUGCUGCAGAAUUCUUUGCCUACCAGCG